AUGUCGUCCUCGCCUGCGCCGGCUGCGGCGGCAACGGUGGGGGCGACGGGCUCUUUGGUCCCGCUUACCGGGAAGAGAUGUUUCAAUACAUACUGCAAGAGGAAGACAGCGGAGUCGCCGCCGCCGCGCUGGAGGGGUUGGCACUUGCGCUCCGGGGAGCUCGCCGAACUCUGCGAUCACUGUUCGUGAGUGUUCUCUCUCUCUCUCUCUGUGCUUCCCCCGUACGCCGCUUUGACCUUUUCCGUCGUAUAGGCAUUGGGUGUGAAGUCGCGCUGGUCGGAAGAUUUGAGAACUUUUUUGAGUCGUUGAGAGGGGGGGGGUUCGAUUUCAUCAUCCGAUGCGGUUAGUUCGCAAUUUAAGGUGUUCACUUAUUUUUCCACGACGGGGUGAACGGCGGACGACGCGGAGUACGGACUAUCCCGGAAAAUCCCCAUUCUUUGAGCUCUGUGAGUCUGGUCACAUUGAGCUGCCUCAUGCGAAUAUUGUCUUUGGUAUCGUCUUCUUUUUUGGUUAUUUCAAGCUUUUGUUUGGAUUCGGUGCGUGAAUACAUCUCAUGAAGUUGAGGAGAGGUUGAAUUUAAUUUCGUGUACAUGAGCUGGUGAACAGCUAAGCUUAUAAACGUCAUGCUCUCGUUUUGUGUAUCUGGUUCUCUUAUUUCCCUUGUAGUGGCUAAUUCUGUUCUGCUGGUUAUUAACCGGCGUGUGUCUUGGAGGUCAGUUAGAAAUUUGUAUUCCUUGACCAGUGUCUUGAAGCUUGUGGUGCUUCUGACUUCUCUGUUUUUAGUCCAGAUGCUUCUAAAUUCUGCAUACUUGAGUUUAAUCAGUCGUUCAAUUGCUUAGAUAUAUUCUAGAUCUAAAAUUAUAUCCAUUGAAUUCUUUCUAACUCAUUUUUGUUUGUUAUCGCUGACUCUUAGUGCUGCAUACGAGCAAGGGAGCUUCUGUGAGACAUUUCAUUCUGAUGCUGAUGGCUGGAGGAAGUGCGGAUUUUGUGGUAAGGUGAGUAGAGAUAAAUGAUGAUGAGGAACUAUGGCUGUGUUUGUGCUAUGUUUGUCUUCCAUUAGUAUAAAUUGGUGUAUGGUAAUUUAUGGUCAUUUUUAAUCAUUUAUGAUGUCUCUCCAGUGGGUUCAUUGUGGAUGUAUUGUAUCUGUUGCGUCGUUUAUGCUACUUGAUGCUGGAGGAAUUGAGUGCAUCUCUUGUGCUCAGAAAAGCUUUGCAACUGUAAGGAAAACAUCCACCUGUAUCUUUAUGAAGCAUGUCAUUUUAUCUUUAGCAACAUUUCUUGUUCCUUCAAAUUUUCAUGAGAGAUACACACUGUUAGUCAUGACAAGUGAUGUUAAGUUUCUAUCUUCUAGUGGAGUAGCUUUCUAAAAACCUAAGCCCUUAGUUUUGGACAACCUGACAUGCUCUAUCUGUAUUCUCCAUCGAAGGCUUAUUUUUCAAUCAUAUUCUUGAUCUAUUCCUUGUUCCCCACCUGAAAAAUUUAUGGUGUCCUUGGCACAAAUACAGAAGCAAAUCUAUCAUAUGUCUGGUCUAUAAUAUUUUUGGUUUCGAAUUUCUGGAACUGCUUCUUGUCGAUUUUUUUGACAAAUUUCUGAAUAAAACUUAUUUAUUACUACCAGCCAGAUAUAAAAAGUUGAAACCUUGUAUUUGCUACUUGAGUGAGAUGUUGUUCAAAAUUGAGUAUUAGACUCCUACUGUUGCUCAACUUUCAUUUAUUAAAGCUCAUUAUCUAAACAUCUGCCCUGAUUACUCCCCUGACUACCCUCAGCUCAGAUAUCUCAUCCGUAAAGUUGUUGAGUGCUAGGAUGGGGAUCAUAUCUUUCUAUAUUCAAUGCAAUCUCUUGUAUAGCCUCUAGGAAUGUUGUGUAGUGCGUCAUAAGUCCCCAGCUAUCAGUCCUGUGAUGUAGAUUGAAGAUUGCUUGUGAUCUGUUAUUUUUCUAGCCUCUGGGCAUUUUGAAUGCCGACUUGACUGAUGGGCUCAAUGACCGCUUUAGGAACAAUGUAUCUUCAAAAAAAGUGCAUCUCACCUGAAUAAAGAGCAUUACAUUAGUUCUAGUCUGAAAUACUAGGUUUUUUAUGUAUUCCUGUACACAUGCAUGUCUGAUAGGUCCUGUUUACAAGAAUGGAAGAGCAAUGCAUAUAUUUUGCUUCAUAGUCCCUUUUUUGGAAGCUUUUGAAGGAAGGUAUACCUUCCGGGUCUAAUUUGAAAGUUUAGGGUGUAUUUAGGAGCGUUUUACUUCUGAGGAGCACUGUGGCAUUCCGUUACUCGACUUAUUACAAGAGAUAAAAAAGUUCAUUCUUUGAAAGGUUCUUAUUUUGAUUUCAUAUUCUUUUUAUUUUUAUUCUUCAGUGUCUUAUGCCAUCCAGAUCUGCUUAAGAAGAAGCUAUUUAUUCUUCAUUACUAUGAUGUAUUUCUCCUUUGAUAAAAUCUGAGAAGGAUGGAGAAUAUGUGUUCUCUUUCGGUAAUGUUCUUUGUUGAUGUGUUAUACUUUGCCUCUUUUGUGUGGAUGUUUCUCGUUAUAUGGUCCCAAGAUUUUAUGAGUCUCUGGUUACCGUCCGGUUCUGAGCUACAAAAUUUUGCCACUCGAAAUCAUAUCCAUUAUAUUUUUCGCAACAUCCUAUAAAAAAACGUUUGCAUGCCGACACAAACCUAGAGUCUCCUUGUGAGAGGAAUAUCACAGUCUUUCUAAAUUUUUUGAAGUAUAUUUUACCCAACAAGGAAAUGUGCUGAAAAUUCCUAGACUUCUGGUACAAAGACACUGGAAGGAAUCGUUCCUUUUAUUUUUCUGUCGACUUUAAGAUGGUACCACCUUAAUUAAGCUUCUGUCUGGAUGCAUCCUUAUGUGUAGAGUUCCGUUUUCUCUCUUUGUGAUAAUUCUUUUGGUGAGAUCCACUCUUUCAUACAUCAGAGUAACCACUGCUUUUAGCUGCUGAUCAAAGCCCAUCAUCAACUCCUUGGCUGAUAUCUUACUCAAUAAAUAAUCUUAUCUUCCACAGGUACCAAAACACAUACGACAAUUCUCUUUACUUUUUCCAUUGGGUCAAGAAAGGUUGAAAGACUUCUCCACUAAAAACGGGAGCCAGCUUACAGCUUCCCAUCAAGUUUCGGGAAAUUGGCAUCAUGCACCUUAUAUGUGGAGCACUAGGUCAGAAGUGCAGCAACGUUUGCCAUAUGAAUUUGAUGGGCCUAAUGGCACUGACAUAUUUACUUCAGCCAGAGGAUUUGCUACUAGUUCUCAGGAUAAGAUUGAAUUUGACGGUCUACCAGAAAGGCUGACACCUCAGAUCCAUACACAACUGGGGAAAUUUUUCAAUGGGAAUAGGACAUUUGGAGCUCCAGUAGCAGCCCAUCAAUUGAUUAGAGAAGAAGGCAUUGAUGCAUCAGAAAAUUCACCCCACCUUGCAGGAGAAGCCAAAAAUCUGGCUACACAGAAGGGACCUGUUUCAAGCCUUUCUAUAAAUUCUGAUUCUGGAAUUGGCCGUGAUAUACCUCUAGUUUCAACCAUGAAUAUGCCAAUUGUGACUUACCUGAAAGAAAAUCAAUCAGCUGCAUCCCUUGGACUGGCUGCACCUCUUCCUCUACCAGGUGAUAAGCGUGAGUCUGCCAGAUUUUUUUCUUCUCGUCCACACCAGCAUAGACAUGCCUCGUUGCUGGCUAAAGAUAACUUCUCUAACUGUCACAAUUCAGCUGAAUCUGGUGGACAGCCACAGAGUCAAGUGCACAAUGGAAGACCCCGAGCAGAAGGUCGGGGACGAAAUCAGCUACUUCCUCGAUAUUGGCCUAGGAUAACUGAUCAAGAGCUGCAACAAAUUUCUAGAGAGUAUCCUUUCAAUGAUGCACUGAAAUGGUGAAUAGAGUUUGGUAUUUUAAGCACUUUUAUAAAGUUUGCACUAUCAUUCAGCUUAGAAUGAAAGUCUCAGCAACUUUUUUUUUCCAUCUUUGUACAAAAAUUGUAUGAACUUAACCUACCCAAGUUCAAAUUUUGUUAUCACUCCUUUGUUUGAGAAGAUGCUGAGUGCUAGUGAUGCUGGUCGGAUAGGACGCUUAGUGCUUCCAAAGAAAUGUGCAGAGGUGAAGACAUCUUUCAGUUAAGUUAUAAUAGAACUCAAUUGAUAUAAUUGCCUAAAUUUCUUUUUGUCUACAACUUUCUGCUGUCACGCUACAGAAGAGGUUGUAACAUUCUUUAGGUUAUUGCUCCUUGUCUGUGGGUGUGACUGACCUUCUAGCAUGGUGCUUUGGAAAUGAAUUGGCUUCUUUUGACGCUUAAAUUCCUUUUAUAUGUUGUUUCAACAGUCCUUUCGCGGUUUAAAUGUAUUUUUGUCUCCCUCUACUGUAAUAUUUAAUCUAUCGAUUUCAGUAAGUUUUUUUUAAUUCUGGUUCUUCCCUUCUCCAUCUCUCUCUUUCUCAUGCAUACAAUGAAAUAUAAAACUGUGGUACAUUAAUGUCCAUGCAAAAUGCCGCAUCUUUUUCCUAGUUUAGAGUUGCACAUCUCUUUUCCCAGAACACAUUUUCUGGAGGUGUAUGGUCUCCAUAAAUCUCAUAGUAAAGUCAGGAAUGUAAUAACGAGUUGUCAAUCCAGACUCCAUCGUAGGAGUUGCUCAUUAUUUAAUAUUUUUUUGAAUUUUUAAGUCUGUGACGUUAAUACCGAUUUUGUAGUUUUGAGUUUAUACCUGUAGGUAGCAAGAAAUAUUUGUAUAAUCUGUAUUUACCAAUUUAAUUUCAUUUUCUUUUGGUGCUUACAUCCUUUGCUAUUAGGCAUACUUUCCUUCAAUUUCUCAGCCUGAAGGGCUCCCUAUAAAAAUUCAAGAUGUCAAGGGCCAGGAAUGGGUUUUUCAUUUCCGCUUCUGGCCUAACAACAACAGCAGGAUGUAUGUUUUGGAGGGGGUUACACCAUGCAUUCAAUCCAUGAAAUUACAAGCAGGUGACGUAGGUAAUAUUUCUGGAACUUGGCUCAGAAGACAAUGCAAUUAUUUCUUUUUAUUAUCCAUUUUGAACUAUCCUAUAUUUCUACUGUUAUAAAGGUUUGUUGUUCAUGUACUUCAUUUCCUGUAAGUCCUAUGCCCCUCAUUGACUUGCUUUUUUUAUGGAGAACUCCAUCAGUUUCCAACUUGCCAUCCCACUUUGUUGGUUAUCCAAGGUCUAAAUUAUUGUUAUUUAAUUACAGAUAGUCACAAUGAGGGAUAUAUUCUUUUUUGCAAAUAUACCGUACUAAAUGCUCCUGUGUACACCCUUUCCAGAAACACUCAAGACGUCAUGUAUAUGAUUGGCUUGAUUCACACAUUUCCUUAUCACAGUUAGUUAUUUUGGCUGACAUAUGUAGCCAAAAAAAAUAUGAUUGUGAUGGCAUGAAAUGGAUAUUUUUUUAGUUUCCAGGAAACAUAUCUUAAAAAUUCAUGGUCUCUAUAUUACAUUUUGCAACAAUGUCAGUAUAUACCCCAGGAUACAAUCCUAGCUGUAAAAUCCUUUUUGCUUGGAUUUGUGAAAGAAUCAGUCAGUCCACAUUGCUCUUCUGAUGCAACUGGUUCCCCUUGAUUAAUCAGGAUAAUCAUUUUUUAUGAAUGGAAAUUUUUAAAGGGGAAUCGAGGUCCACCAAGAGAUCAGAUUGGGAUAGGCGAAAUGCAGUUUUCGAAUAAUAGUUCUGUUAGAUCUGUCUCAUGCACCUCUCCACUACUUUGUCCAUGGUUUAGUGGUUGCCUGAAAGACCUCAGCGCCUUCUUACGGGCAGCCAAACGCCUAAGAUGGGUAAAAAGGGAUACCAGAGAGAAAUCAUAUUUCUCUCUUUCCUAGCAUUUCCAUCCGAACAUUGUUUUGGACUAUGAAAGUAGCAUGAUUGCAUUGGGAAGGAAUAUACGCAGGUGAAGGUAUCGUAUUAUAAUUACACAAAACAAUUCAAAAAUUUACCCUUCAAGUUUUAUGUAACAAACUUUAUCUAAUUCAUUUCCUCAAUCUUUUAUAGAGGAUCCAAGAAAGUUUAAUGCAACAAAGGUGCAUCUUUCUCUUACUUGCUUUUCCUUUUUAAUUUUUUCAUUCUGAGAUUUAAAACGUUUUCUGCAUAUUUAAACAAGCACUUGAUUUCCAAAAUCUUGAUCUAAUCAUUGCUUUUAUGCAGUGAGGAGAUUUGACUCGAGUUAAGUAAUGAAAUCUAACUUGGCGAUUUUCUACCAUUCACUUGUAGCAUCUGAAAAACCACCCACAUCUUUGAAAUGGAUAGCAAUUGAUUUUCAAUCAAAAGGCAAUGGACGGAAAAAAAAAUCAACUCUUUAGAGGCUGCAUUUUUCAUUGCUAUGCAAUUAUGAACCCAUUGUAAUGGGUCCGCUUAGAUCAUUCUAUAAUAAUGUCGUGCCAAAUGCUAUUUGUAAUCGAAAUAACGUUGUUGGAAUCAGUGGCUAAUUUUGUUUCAGGUAGCUGCUGUCGUGAGGAUUUUAUAAAUAAACCCUGUACUUUCCUAUUGGCAGAUAUGCCCUGAACACUUCUAAUCAUGUACUCUCAAGGGUCUAGUAUAAAUACUGGACCCCGUCUCUCUUGAAAAACAGAUUCUUGCUUUCAUUGAAAGGUUUUUCUUCCUCUCCAAAGGUGUUGCGGGAUCUCCAGCACACCAAAUUGAGGGCUACCAUUCUACAGCAGCUAAAUUGGAUUGGAAUCAAGCGUUCCAGUACACUUUUAAGGUGGAAUUUCAAUCCCCCUUUCAAAAUUUUAAAACGAAGGCAGGACCAAAGCACUAGAAUUUUGGCAAUUCUACUCGGAUUGGGUGAUUCUAGGCUAGGAAGAUGUGACCACUCGCAUAGGAAGAAGAGGAAAGAAAAGUUUAAUAGCAGAAAACAGAGAAAUAAUGGGCGAAAAAAUCGUCUCCCCUCCCCAUAUCUGCUCCAAGUUUCAUUGAUCGCUGCUGUCAAAAAGACUUUGAGGUCAUCUAGAUACCUAGUGUUGCCAACUGUCAUAUGGGAUGACGUUAAAGGGCUAUCCUAAACAUCAGAAUGGACAUGUUGAUGAUCAACUAACACUUCAUUUUUUUCCUUUCUCCCUCGAAGUUUUUGGUGUUAUCAUCAUUCUAGUACAGUAUACGUUGCAAUUUAGUCCAAUUUUUAUGUUGAGCCUAUUUGUAAUAUUAAUAGAUUUUAUUAGUAUUGAGGUUGAACCUCUUGUGUCAAUUCUAAGCAAUCUUUGUUGUUCAGUUACAUUUAGUCGAAUAGAUCCAGGAGGAAAGUUGGUUAUGGGGUUCCGCAAGACUUCAAAUAUUCCGACUGACCAGGUAAAUAGCCUUAGAUACGCCAUUUGUCUAAUUUGUAGUUUUGAAGCAUAAUGGUUGUGAUGAACAUAGACAUAUAUGCCAUUCAUGCAUCGCAUAGAUAAGCAGUUUCCUAUUUCUAAAUUACAAAUGCUUUACUUGAGGGAAAUCUUCAUGUUGUUUAAAUACCAAUAUUUAUAGUUUUCUUGUUAAGAUCUGCAGUUUCGGAACAUCAAUUUCAAAUUCUAGCACUAUCCAAAUGCAAUUAAUGAGCUUUGCUGUUUAAGCAUUUUUUCUGGGAUUUGAUUUUUAGCUGUUUUAUUUUUUUAGUAUGUUUAUCUCGUCUUGACAUUUGGAGAAAUAUACAUCACUAGAGAAAACCUAUGCAUUUUUCAGUAGGAUGGAUAUUGAUAAAAUCUGGAGUUACGACAUCUGUUAUCAUGGACGAUUGACUCGGUGAAAAGGAUCAUUACCUGGCACUUGGUGAUAAUCAUUGACCGUGCUAAUAUUGUCAUCUGAACUUGACGGAACCUACUUACCCCCAUUAUGCCAAGAGAUCUUCUCUUAUAGUGGCAUCUUAUGAGGACGAAAACAUUAUCGCUUUUAUUUAACGUAAAUUUGGUCAUCUGGUGGAAACAUUUUUAAAAGAUCAUAAGAGAAUAUCAAUUUAAGUAUGCUAAAUUCAAAAGAUUUCUGCUGGAUACGGAUUUUGAAUGUAUGAUUUUAUUUAGAUUUUGUGCUUAAAAAUGCGGAAGAUAUUGUUGAGAGAUCCAGUUGCUAGAAUGCUGUGGUUUGAGAUUUCAAAAUCCAUUGAACCCCUUGAUAAGUUUUGGGUUUCUUAUUCAGUCCUUUGUCCUCAGGUAAUUUAUAACGCCAGUUAAUUAGUGUAAUAAAAGUAACUGCGUACUUAUCCCAAUCAGGCAAUGGUAAGUGAUUCUGAGAUAAUCAUCGUACAACCACAAACUUUGGAUGAAGAUGGAAAAUCUUCACCGGGUUGCACUACACUUGAAUAUCGUUGCUUUUCCUUCUGUUGUCCGUGGAAUAUUUGUUUGCUCUAGUUUUUUUUUUGCCUGGUAACAUUGAUUACCUAUCCACUGUUUUUGGACGCUUUUUUACCUCUACUGGAUGUCUUAAAAGUUUCAUCUUCAUUGGCAGGACAUCCAAGGAAACAAAUCCGAGAAUGGGUACAGUGAUGGAAAGGAAGUUAAUAAUAAGAACGGUAAAGCUAGUGAAGGAACCUCAGCUCCAUCUAUUUCGUCUUUAAGGAAUAGCUCAGAAUCAGCAACUGCUAGCAUUCCAUUCGAUCAGGGAACUUUGUCAGAAUCUGGUAGAUCAGGAAUUAUUCAAAAAGAAGUAACUCCAUCCAGGUACCCUAUGCUCUCAAGUAAAAGGAAAAGUAGCACUCUUGGUACAAAAAGUAAACGCCUGAGGAUGGAAAAUGAGGACUCCAUUGAAGUUAAGCUCUCUUGGGAGGAAGCUCAAGAGCUGCUAUGCCCCCCUCCAAACUAUAAACCGUCUGUUCUGAUAAUUGAAGGCCAUGAGAUCGAGGAAUAUGAGGUAUGAUAAAAAUAUUCAUUUAACCGUGAGAAGCUUACUUGUUGCACAAGCCAACUUGAUCUUUGAACAAUCCUAGUCAUCUCUAAAAGAAUGAUGUAAAAUUCGCCAGAUUCAUUUAAAUGCAAAACAAAUCGACUGAAAUAUCUUUGACCAUAGCUGUGGUGUCCACGCAUUACAGUUUUGGAAGCAGAAUUUUAUUUGUGUCCCUUCAUUUUCCUUCAGUGUAGUAAUCGAACUGCUCAUGAAUUAUGCUAUGGAACUGUGCGAUACAAAUUCUUAUGGCUCUCUCUUCUCUAUGCAGCUAGAUUUCCUAUAUAUAAGGCUGUACUUGGGGACACAUGAUGACCCUUAAUAGGAAACCUAGAGAGUUUAAAUGGGGAUGAAAACUGCAUAAUUAUGUAGGUGUGUCGUGUACCUAUUGCAUAAUUAUGAAGCUUAAACAUUUAAUAUGUGCUAAAAGAUCAUUCAACUUGUUCAUAUCACCAUUCCCAAAUAUAUCUGAUCCCAUACAGUCCAAUCAGAAGGAUGUCCAUGCCAUCUGCCACUGGGUCUCAGAAUGUUCCCAUUGUUGAAGAUGGUUAUUGUUUGAGCUAUCUUAGGCUCUGUUUAAACCUUCUGUUAAUUAAGACUGCUAGGCAUCCUGGUGCCACUGUUUUACCCAGUUUACACAUGACAUCAGUAACUUUUUAUCAAAUAUCUAGAUGGGGUCUCUCCAUACAAGGGAGUUUUAAUGAUAAAAUUUCAAAGAAGUUGCGUUAUAUUUUACGUGCUGCACAUUUCUGACUAGGAUUUUAAUUGAGCAUCUGUUGACUAGAACAUGGAAUCCAAAUUUUUUUUCUAUGGCUUUGUAGAAUAUAUAUAGGCCCUUGACCUUCCAGUUUUGCUCUGCAAUUAUGCUAUAAUUUCCUGUUUAAAAGAUUAUUAUUUCCGAGAAAUUAUGCAAUAAGUCAACGUACUUAAAGUAUGUGCAUAUGUACGCAAAAGAAUAUUCAAAGUUUCCCUUCUCAGUAUGUCUGGCAUUUUAUUUAAGCAUGGGUUAUUUUCAACAGGAAGCGCCAGUCCUUGGGAAGCCUAUAAUUUUCCCUGCGAUUCAAGAUAGGUAAAUUCCCAUUCUCAAACUGAGUUUUUGUGGUGAUUUUAUGAAGAAAUUGAGCAUUUUCCCUCAAAAAUUAUCCAGUAGCAUUGUAGCAUGGGUUCCCAAUCACCACAAUUAUCUAUUGUAUUCUGGCGACAUGAUCAGUGGAAUGCUAUAAGCAAUAACCAAGUCCCAGUUAUCUCUCUUUUUUUAAGAAUAUGGAAUCUUUUGAAAAAUUUAUGGAUAAGGAUGCAGAUACAAAUCCUCUCUCUCUCUCUCUCUCUCGCUCGCUCGCUCACAAGCUCACUCCAUCUGAUGGAUAAAGUGGAUGAAACCUUAAUAGUUUGUUAUCCUCUUCUGUUUAGAUUGAAUAGACAGUUAUCUAAUUUAAUGAUAUAUUAUCCUAUGCUUAUAUCCCCACCAAUUCGGUCGAAGAUCACCAAUUUCUUUUCCUGAAAUAAAUUCAAACUCGUCAGAAUUUCUUUUCUUUUUUUUCAAGGAUUAACACAAAUAGGGCCAAUGAAAAAUACAGUGGCAGGCAAUUUGGUUAAAAGAUAUGGAAAAAGAUAAGCUGCCUCCCUUUGCAUCCAUUCCACCUAUUUCCUUAGAGCAUCGUAUGGAGGAAAUGCACAAGAAAUUGUUAAAUAGAAGAGAAAUGAGAAAAUAUGACGAAACGUACAAAGCAGAAAGAAACAAUGAGCAACAAAAUCCUGAAGGGGGGGCUGCAGCGGGCUUAUUGUUCAUAUGGUUGGUAAACUUUUCAGAGGUGGGCAGGAAACGGGGUGAUAUCCUACUACGGUAAUGAAUCUCUAUGACUUCUGUGAAGUAGGAAAGCAUGACAAUCACCAUUACAUUUGGUUGUGAGGUGCACUCAUGCCGUGCCUUUUUCAUACCAUCCUUCCCUUCCACUCCACAACUCACCCAAAGAAGGUUUUUUUAUACAAGCCUCUACUUUGAUAUUUCGUUUGGUGCCUUUUUUGAUGUCCUUUAGAACGAUAUUGACGAUUAGAAAAGCUUCUGUGAGUAUCUGGUUUAAGCAUUCAUUUGGUAUUUCAUUGUCAUUUGAUUGUGCCAUGUUACAGGGAUUUUUACUCAUUGCUGCACCGUGCAUCUCCUUGCUGAUUGCCGUCAUUGUUCAUUAUGUCGUUCUGACUGAGGAAUCUUGCUGAUUAACUGUUCAUUUAAAAUGUGGUAGUAAUGAAAAUUUUGAAAUAACAUUUUUUCAAGGAGCUUUUAUGCGCAUUAUUCUCCACAUUUGAGCCUUUGCCGGCACUGUGGUCACAGGUGGACAUUUGUCACCAUUAAUAUUUGGCCACUUUAGAACUUUCGAAUCUUGAAUUGUCCUAAUACCAGCAAUACCAAACGAUGUGGGCAAUUGCUACUUAAUUGAUGUGUUUUCAUGUCCCAAAGGAGGCCGCUACUGAGGUGUAAUUAAGAUCCAUACCAUUGUUAGUGGCUCAAAAUGGUAGGUUUUCCAGAAAAAGUAUUCGAGUUUGAUGAUAAAUUUUUAAUGGCAGGGCUCCCGGAGGGGGAGAUGUAAGAAAAAUUACCAACUUGGCCCAUUUUAAAAUUGGUUUAUUCUGCAGCAGCAAAUGCUAACGAUCUCGGUUUGAACGAAGCGCUUAUGAAAGGUCAAGCUGAUACCAUAGGUGCUGGCGUUACGAACUUAUAAUCAUCCACAAGCCGCCCCUCUGAAUUGAAAAAGAGAAACGGUAGUGAUGGGCUGCAAGAUGCCAACGUUUGAGGAUUUCUUGGUAUUGCUUCUUGGUAGAUAGAGAAGAUAACGCCUCAAGGGCUGGUCGGUCUCUUACGAGGCAUCUUUGCAGUUGAAUGCGUAGAAUCCUCUUCGUCUGUGAAACUUUCAAUUGAGUUUCUCGAGGAUCACUCUGGGCCAAAACGUUUUCAAGGGCUGGCAAGGGUUGGGAUCCUCCUCCUUAUUUGCGUUUGUCCUUUGAAUUGCUCACAACUUUAAGAAAAGGCUUGUUAUUUUUGCACAGAAGAUCUAAUACUUUUAGUUGGGAGAGUCCAAUCUCCAGAAGUGAGAAAUAGCUUUUUUAUGAAUAAUGAAUUGAAACCUAAUCAUGAUCAUGAACCUAACAUCCUUGUUCUAACCAGUGAGAAGACUCGAUGGGCUCAAUGUGGGGACUGUUUGAAGUGGCGCAGGGUGCCUUCGUGUGUACUGUUGCCUCUCAUUUGGACAUGUUCUGAUAAUUCAUGGGGUCCUGAAAGGUAAACUCAGGCUCUUGUUGCUAGGCAGAAAACUUUCUAAAUGUCAAUAUAUGCACGUCUUUCGUCAUAGUUGGCAUCAUUAUCUCUUUUAAAUAUUCGAAAAUUGUCUCCAUUGCUGUUCCUCCAGUCAGUUCACAAGGCAUACGAUCAGACCAGGUCAUCAUCACUUUAGCGUUGUACUCGUGUCAAUGUAGAGUUUGGGUCUGAUAGGGAAGAUAUCUGAUGAAAAGUGAAGGAAAGAACUGCCGAAACGAUACAUCAAGCGUUAAGACAUUAUUUUCCUAUUCUCCUGGUACCUCCUCCAUCUCUCAAUCUCUGCGAAGCUCGCUAAGUUACUGACACAAAGUAUUGAGAUCUUGGAAAACCUUUGCUAGCUAUAGGUUUCUCUGUGCCGGCAGAUUCAUGUUGUCUUCUGUGGGUCGUAUGGUUUGCCUCCAGAAGUGGAGGGGUUCUAACCGUGGCCUGAUUACGACCUGAAUGAGUGGCACAUAAAAAGAAACUUUAUUCAGAGCGGACUCAACCCAACUCGUUUCAAGUUACAACCAGGCUGAUAGAUGCUAUCUCAAUAAAUUCUGAGAUUUUGGAGCCUUGAUGCUGAGUUGCCAGACAUUGGUUCUGAGCAGCCGUCUAUAUACAACUGGCCAUUCUGAUUUUUCUCUCAUUUUUUUAGUGAAUGAACAGUAGAUCCGUUCCUUUCUCCAUGUUCAUAUUCAGAAUCAUCAUAGAAUGUUUAUAUCGGUGGUAAUCAGAUUAGAUGCAUGCUUUGUUUUCAGUCUCUGAUUACCACGAAGCUGAAUAAAGUCUAUAAAUAUCCAUUACCAGAAAUAUGUAUGAGGGCGAAUCCCAAUAUAAUUGCUCGCCAAACAAAGCACGUUGAGAAAAAUCUAAUAGUAAACACACAGACCCACCCACCACCGGACAUGUCCUGAUCGAGCCGCAUCUUUCCUUUUAUGUACUUACAGAGCGCCAUUCUGCUGAGCCUGUCUUGGUGUGGUGGCGCCGCAGAUGAAUCCUUCUGGAGUCUCUUCUAUUUUUGUCAUAAACAGAUCUUCCUGCUUUCCAGGGCCUCGUGUUCAUCCGCGCAGCAAGUCUCCUCGCAGCAGCUGGAAGAUUUGCUCCACCGCGAUCAUGGUACAGAGACCUGAAAUUGGGAUCAAAACCUUCCUUCUCUUCUUUUUUUUUUUAAAUUUAAUUUUAUGGUAGCAUGCGAUCAAAAACUUUGGUCCUCUUGGAGGCCGUUUCAUCCUGGAAGAUCUGAGUUUCCUCUCCGUUCGUCGGAAUAGAUUUAGCGGGGUGCUCAAAAAAUUAAAUCUUAUCCCAAAUCCCAUUAUUCAUCAACCAGCGCUCUGAAUCCAUCCCCAUCGCCGACUGCUGCGAAUCCUGAUUGACCUCUUCGAUCUUGUUUGUUCAUGCAUAAGCUCCUCAUUUUAUUUAAUUCCCCUGUUCUUGGCAGCUUCUUCCGAUGAGCGGAGCGGCCUCGGAGCCGGCGGCGAUCCGGCGGCGGCGAUGGAGGGGGAAGAUGGGUCGCCCCCCGCAGCUUCCGGGCACAGCGUCCGCCACCCGCGCCACCGGCGCGACUGCACCCGCAUCCAGUGCAUCCAGCCCCACAGCGGCCGCGGCCCAAAGCACAGGCCGGCGUCCCAGUGCGGCGUCAGCGGCACCGCCAGGCGACGCCUCCAGGCGCUCGCGCCGAGUAAGAAGGACGGAGAGGCCCAGCGGCCGCCGCCCUCCCCGCCGCAGCCCGCCAAGCCGGAGAUCGACCUGAACGUUCGGCCGGAGCGAGACGAGGAGCCGGCGACCCACUGA